GUGGAAAACAAUGGAGACGAAAAAGACGAGAUGGAUUAUUUUUUAUCCGGGAGAUGGCGUGCCUGUCCAGAUUCCCAAGCACGACGACGUCCUUCAUCUAGCUGAGAAACAAGUUGAAAAUUUGAAGAAGGAUUCUGAUGUUAAACGAUUCCUUACAUUUUCCUUCGAAAACGAAAUAUUUGCGUAUGCUGAAGAAGCUUUCAAGUAUGUCCAAUCUCGCAUGGCAGACAAAGCGGAACAACAUCAAGAGAAGUGGGGAAUGAUCGACUUGAAGAUACGUUCCCUUCUUGUGCGAAAACUACCGGAACACGACACAUCUACCUUCCUCACAUCCGACGAACAGCCAAUGGAGAACAAGAAGUUCCGGAUUCCCUCUUCUCAGCAUAUUAAAGAGAGGCUAGCUAAAAGAAGUCUACAGGAUUGUGGUAUCCGGGGUUUUUGCAGCACAGCUAAGGGGAUCCUGGUUUUUGCAGCUCAGCCUGAAGAACAUACUGACAGGAUAGAUAUUGUCAAUCGUAUUCGAGAGUGUUUUGGAGAAGAGAAAACGGAAGUAGUAUUGGUCGAAUCCAUUAUGACAUCACACUUAGUUGCCAAUGGUGAUAUACUUACGAACAAGACAUCAAGCAGUCGGAGAACUCUGGGCUGUUUCGGUAAAGUUGGCGAUUCAUUGGUGGCCAUCACCGCAGGACAUUGUGUACAAGCAGGGGAUAUGAUGCAAAUAACUGACGAAGACAACCGUUUAAUUGAGUUUGGUAACUGCACAGAAAGCUACUAUCAACAAGAUGUCGACAUCGCAAUUAUAAAGAUGCAAAGCGGACAUGGUUAUCCAAUGUGAUACACACUUUCGUAAUGAAAACGGCGAUGUUAUCGAGGCGUCCGUAUAGUAAGGAGGACUACAUACAGAGUUGGCAGGUACAUAAAAUAGGAUCAGCGACUGGACCAACUACAGGAAUUGUAUACGCUGGUGAUGCGCAUGUGUGUGAUGAAGAAGGCGUCAUAAUUAGCGGUAACUCGGACAACGACUUCUUCGCAGAACCUGGGAGAUAGUGGCUCUAUCGUAUUCUUCUAUGACCCGACUGACGUAGACAACAGACGUGUAAAGCUGCUAUCCAUCGUAUCCAAACAUAUCGAAAUGAAAUUGUCAGGAUGUAUUCCUAUUGGUCUCUACAGGAAUCCAACGCUGACUCGAAGAUUGGAUCGUGGAUUAAACAAGGUCGGUGACAAAAUCAAACUUGGUUAGUCUUGUCAGGAUGACCUAUAGCCAUCGAGUUUCGUCAGUCGUUGUCAGCCGUGAGACACCCCCAAACUGCUGUGUAUAAACCUUCACAACUUUUUCUCAAGUUCAAUCAGUGGAAUGCAGCUAUAAAACUUGUCUGGAAAUAUGAGAUGGGUGGCCUUACCAGGUGUUGUUAUCUUCGGUUUGGUCAAAAAUCAAAGAUGUUCCCUAUGGACAAUAAGACCAUUAUACUUGUAACUGAGUAUGUAUACCACAGCAGUCAGGGGUCUUUAGAGUCAGCUGUUAUUUACUUUCGUUCUAUUCAAUGCAUAUUGCGUAAAUAUUUCAUCGCCUGUUAUGGGUGGCUGUUGAUUAAAAUUAUUAUCUUUCAAUGGCAUGAUCAUACUAUUAUUUAUCAAACGAUGAAAUUCACAUAAGCAAUACAAUAUUUCCCGGUCAAAAUAGUUAAUAGGACUGUUUUGUUUUGGCCUUUUUUUACAUCAAUGAUGUUGACAAUAUCAUAUGAAAGAAAUAAGCUAAAAGUGUUUUGUCACUUUUAAAUUAAUAUUAGCUAUAGAUGUCUUAGAAUUGUAUUGUGUCACUAUGAAUCUUAAUUCAUUCUUCAAUGUCUUAUCUGUUUUCAAGAAAGCAAUAAAAUUUCUAUUAGUAUUAUUUCGAUGAAUUACUACAUUGUAGUAUCAUACGACUAUUUUAGUAUCUGUUAUGUCAGCCUGUAUGUAUGCUAUUAUUUAUUCUGUGAUAGUUCACAUUCAUUAAGUGUUGCGCUUGAUAAAAGUGCUCUUAAUUUUGGCCCGUUUCCUAACAAUACUUGUCAUCGCUAUUUGUUGAAAAGUACUUGAAAGACAUUCUCAAACUUCAUUUAAAUGUUCUAAUUAAUUCCUUCAGCGUAGUUUUAUUUUGAGAAAGAUAUUUCUGAAACAUGGUCUGUCGGUCUCCCUAAUUAUGCUUUCAAAUCUGAGACGGAUCAGAAAAGCAAAACAAAGCAUAGUAAUGUUCUGGCAACCAUGUUGCAUUUUGACAAAAGCGCUGAAAGGAUAUUUCUGAAACUUGAAGUGAAAAUUUCCCCCUGUCGCUAGUUGUGUUCGUUCAAUUUUGAGAGUAAUUGGUAUCGGAUAUGUAGGUUCCCGUCAGUUGCUUGUUGCAUCAGAGAAAUUGAAUGGCUGAGAGAUGGUAGACGAUAUUGGAAUAUAUUGAUGUUAGCAUCUCUCAGAAAGGUUAUGGGAUUUUCAGAUUACAUAAGUUUAGUAAAUUGCUUUAAAACGAUUAAGAGGGAGUCGAAAAGGGGGGAAAUGUGAAAAGUAGAGGAACGAUCACCUCGCAUAGACCUUUAUCAAGAUUGUGGAAGACAAUAUCCCUCUGUCAUAUCUUCUUAUUACUGUCGGUGAUUGUGUAAAUGUUACAUUAUCUAUAUACGUAUUUAUACUACCUGGAGGACCAUUUGGUGGUGGCCUUUGGCUAUUUAACGCGUAUAUUAUCCUCAAAGUAGAUAAAGUUAAAUAUCAUUUGUAGAAGUGACACUAAUUGCUAAACAUAUCAAAAUCAAGUAGAUGCUAAGUGCUUUAAGUAAAUACUUAUCAUUCUUUUUAAAGCACUUCAUAGACAUUUAAAUGCAAGGUCCCCUUGAGUUUAAUUGUCCAUAUUUAUUUUUGAGAGUGACCAGAUAGCUUUUUUGGUAACAUUAAUACGAUAGUUCUUUAGGAAGCGUUAAAUGUGAAAUGUUUACACACACACACACACACACACACACACACACACACACACAUAUAUAUCUAUAUCAAGACAUAUGGUUGCUAACUACUGACUAUCUUAUAUGUAAAGAUAUUUAACUAAUCACUCCCUUAUAUAUUAAUGUCUAUGGUUAUUUACUACUGACUAUCUUAUAUACAGUAUUGACAUAAAAAGAUUAUCAUCAAGGUUACCUAUGAAAAGAUCUUUCGAAACUUACGGAAUAAUAACUCCGGUUUCUUUAUUGUUCCUUAAGACAGUUUUAACCUUGAUGUCAUUAAUUCUGUGAACUUAAGUUAUCUAAUGAUAAAUGCAUAUAGACAUUCUGUGUUACAACAAAGUUUACUUUGGCAAAGUUUUUAUUACGUAAAAAGGUUGGAAACAUUUUACAAACAUUAUCAAUUGUAUUGUUUUAAUUUUUAUCGCCAAAAUAAUGUUAUUUUUGCGGAAUUGUUUACCAGAUCUCAGUCAAAAUCAUUUCAUUUUUAGAAAAGUUUUAUACAAUGUAGUUUAAAUAUCCGGGUUUUCUAUUAAUCUCUAUAUACUGUGUCGGCCUCUGAACAUGUUGAUAUUCAGUUUAAGUGUUAAUGGAAGUGUAAUGUAUGAAAUAUAAGCCGAUGUUUGCACGUUAUAUUUUACUUAUGUCAUAACAAAUAUGCGGUAAAAUGAAGUGUUAGAAUCUUUUGUUAAACCUUUAAGUACUAUAUUUUGUGAUAAAUUCUCAUAUUUGAUCAAUAAAUUUUAUGUUUCUAAA